AUGGAGAGCAUGCUCAAGAAGCUUGUACGGGAGGUGGACAGCUACAUUUUGGAGGCACAAGGGUUCCUGCAAAUUUUGAAUGCCCACAGCCAAUAUAUCACCAUCCAGACUGGACAGUCCCGCCAAGCACCCAUCACACCCAGCCCCACCAAGAGGACCUGCUUAGGGGACACCGCAUCCAAGGAGGUUUGGGUGGGGACACCCUUCCCCGGGUCACGAUCCUGGGACUCAGAAGACAACGAUGAAGAGUGGGGAAGGACGCAUAGUCUGUCCUCACAAUCCACAAAGGUCCGUGUGCCCCAGAAGUUGGAGAAGAUUUGGAAGCUGAAACACGGGACGCCCGUGCUGGCCACCGCACUCAGCAGCUUCACACGCCAUGCAUUCACCUGUGGCAGCGAUGGAGUCAAGGUGUGGAGCCUAGCCAGUCAGACUGUGGAGAACCCGGUGCCAGAAACUCAUCUGCAUAUACAGACCCAGGGCUCCAUGGUGCACACCUGUCACCUGACAUCUGAUAGCACUACCUUGCUGAUGGCUGGCAACAGCGUGGCGGGCGUGAGUGUGUGGGACCUGAAGGCGCCCACCCUGCACAUGAAGAGCAAGUUGCCCUCCUCAGGCUUCGCCUGUCAGGCCCUGGCCUCCAGCCUCGAGAACAACCUGGCUUUGGGCAGCCUAAGUAACGGCAUCAUCAGGAUCUGGGACCUACGGAGUGGGCAGGUGGUCAGGUACAGCCCUGACCCAGCCACCAAGAUAGUGGUGAUGGAUCAGCAGGUCUGGGCAGGAAGUCAGGAGGGAUCCUUGCAGUGCUGGGACCUGCAGAACCUCACCGAACCCCAGAAAUACCAGUUUGAUUCUCAGAUAACGGCCCUGUCACCCCACCCCCAGGAGGACUUUGUGCUGGUGGGUCUCAGCAGCGGCCAGCAGUGGCUGCAGCCCACAUCGGGGGGCUUGAGGCAGAUGGUGGGGUGCAAGGAAGACACCAUCCUGGACCUCACCUUCUCCCCGAAGGGCCAGUGGUGGGUGAGUGUGGGGAUGGACAACCUGCUCAGUAUCUACCACAUGCCCGCAGGGACGCCGGGGCUCCAGGUGGCCAGGUCCUCCAGCAUCGUGUGUUGUGAUGUGGCUCAGAACGACCGGCUCCUUAUCACGGGCUCCAGAAACCACUGCACCUUAUACCAGAUUCAGUACUGA